UUUGAGCGGAAAGGGCGGGACGAGGUGAGGGUAACAGUUGUGACUGACUUGAGAUUUCUAGCUUUCUGCGAAGAAAAAGGGGAGAAAGAGGACGGUGUUAUGUGUAAAAUGGUUAAAGUGCAGAUGGGGAAUUGCUUAAUAGAAUCCGAAUCCAAACCAGCAUAAGGAAUCAAAAAGAAAGGAAGACACGAUAGGAGAAAAGCACAAGGAAUUUGGCUAUUGCAAAAGAGACGGACAAGGUUCGGUUACUCGUGUGCUGUCGUGUCUUGUUUGACGUGAGACGGGUCUCUGUCUUUAUUCUCUCAUCUUCCAUCUUCUGGGACCUCUCAUUGGUAUAUGCUGGCUCACACAGAUAGGUGUUGUGGUCUAUGUGAGAUUGAGGAAGGAAGUGUGAUUAUGAGAUGGCCCUGAACAGGACAGACAACGAUCAAAUUCCACAAACACAUACCAGAGUGGUAGUGAAUGAAACAGGGAUGUCUACUUUGAAAAUGACUAAAUGCAGAGGUUUCGUCAAGGCCAGAAUAUCUGAUAGCUGAUAAACCUUUGCUUCAGUGUAGUUAAUUAUCAGCCUUCAUGGUUAAAUAUCAGACAACGGACACUCUUGAUUGUGCUGUAAAAGAACAUGCUUGGACGAUUCUUUAGAAAAAACAUGUCCCAGAAACUUGGUAUACUUUUAUUAAUUUUUGGCUUUAUUUGGGGAUUAAUGUUAAUGAAGUACACAUUUCAGCACCCAAGACACCAAAGCAGUGCUGAGCUACGAGAGCAGAUACUUGAACUGAGUAAAAGAUACGUCAAAGUUCUAGCUGAGGAAAAUCAAAAUGUUGAUGGCCUCCGUGGUACAUCAAUGGCUGGAUAUGCUGACUUGAAAAGGACAAUUGCUGUCCUCUUGGAUGAUAUUUUGAAGCGACUGGUGAAACUGGAGAACAAAGUUGACACUGUCAUUAAUGGUUCUGUUGUGAAUACUACGAGUAUAGUUGCUGGGAUUUCAUCUGUAGCUAAUAAGCAGCUGGGCAAGACAGAUACAAUGAGAUAGCAAGUAUUGUUUUAAGCUAAAAGCAAAACUCUUGUUGCACUAAGCAGCAGUCACCUUGAUCUAAUAAUACUUGUACAUUUAUGAUUAAACAGAAUGGUACAAAGCUUGUAUUUUGCCAUGCAUUUUUCUUCUGAAAUAAUCUUAAUGUAAGAUUGUCUGUAUGGGUGCUUAAAGUUAGUAGUGGUUUUAAUACAGCACUCACUGUUGAUUACAAGCUUUUUUUACUACAUUUAUUUAAUUUUUUUAAUGAAAAACUAUGAAAGUAUGAGUUUUACUAGCUUUCAGUUAAAUAAUAUUGCCAAAGUUUUUUAUGGCAAAAACCAUAUAUGAAAAGCUACUGUGAUACUAUAUGAUAGGUGUCAUGUUAAUAGCAAAAGUAAUGUAAGAGUAACCUUUAAUUCUACACUGAUGUUAUAUAUAUUAUUUUUUUAAACAAAACCUGUUUUAUUGAAAUUCAGUGGUAUGUAUGUAUAUACAUGUUUGUGU